AUGUCGGUUUUCGAUAGGGAUGUAGUGACACACCCGGACACCGUCAAUGUAGAAGUGGACGUCUUCUUCGAUAUAUUCAAAGUUGAUGACUUCGUUGGCGACGUUAACGAUGAAGAUUGUGAUGGUAAGGAUGAUGAUGAUGACGGUAAUAAUGGUGGUGGUGGUAAAGAUGAUGAUGAUGGUAGUGGGAGAGAUGAUGACGGCGAUGAGGGUAGAAAUGAUGAUGUUUUUGAGAGUGCAGCUGCUGAUGCUGAUGAAGAGGAGGACUUUGAUGAUGAAAGAAGCAGUGAAAAAGAAAAAAAUAGAAAGAGAAAAAAAGAAUGA